AUGAACACCGUGGAAUCUGGUGCCAAUAGCAAGGCCAGCUCCACAACAUCGGCGCCAACUACACCCCCAGGAAUCCCAGCGCCCUACGGUAGGGCAUGCGCCAACUGCGUCAAGGCCAAAUGCAAGUGUUUUUACCGCGGUAGCGGUCGUGAGAUCAGCAGUUGUGAAAGAUGUCACCGACUGGGUAAAGACUGUGUGCCAUCCGAGAGUGUCCGUAGGCGUACUUCAAGGCGCCAGGGCACGUCAAGGACUGCCCAACUUGAGGAGAAGCUUGAUGAUCUGGUCUCGCUCCUCAAAACGCACCAACAAAAACCCGGAGUUGGACCCGCCGCUACAUCCGGUCUGACUUCCCAAGGCCCGCCCACAUCCAACAAAGACCUCUCUCGCGCUGGCCUGGCAUUAAUAGAUCCCUCAUCAACUAUUGUUAUUACCAAUCAUCAACAAUCCUCCACUCUAUCUCCUUUAUACAACAAGGCAAAGAAGCCCACCAUCGACGCGCCUCAUGGGAGGCUAGGCGCCCCCAAAUAUGUCGCUCCUACAUCUAGUAUGCAACCUGAUCAGGAAGCCGAAGAAUGCUUCCAAGUUUUCUCCAAACAUUUUCUCCACUCAUUUCCUUUCUACUGUGUCACGGAAGACAUGACUGCAUCCCAGUUACAGCCCGAAUACCCAGUCUUCAUGCUUGCCAUCAAGUCGAUCUGCAGCAAGGUAUUCUCGCUGCAGUUAAAGUAUUCCGAGCAAUUCCAGCACAUGCUAGCACAAAAGAUCUUGAUAGAAUGUGAGAACUCUAUGGAUCUACUGUUAGCUCUCAUCACGUGCAUUGGGUGGAUUCAUUUUCAUGAGGUCAGGAGACCACACCUCACUGUUCUGACACGGUUGGCCAUGUCACAAGUUAUCGAGCUUGGUCUACAUCGGCCGUUCGGUGAGACAUCUGGGAUCAACUCGUUUAAAAACGCAGAGGCAGCCGCUUCCCAAAACAAGGAGCCAGCACGCCCUAAACCAAAUAACGAACAGCGUCGAGCCGCGCUGGGCUGUUACCUUGUCACCUCGUCUAUGUUCACAUCGAUGAAGAGGGCAGAAGGACUACCAUGGACGCCCUACCUUGAGGAGAUGAUGGCAGAUCUAAUCAGGGAGUCGGAUUGGAAGGGAGACAACGUACUCGUGGCCCAAGUCAAAUUUCAGCAGCUCCACGAGCAACUGUACAGAGCCCGAUAUCAGCCUGCUCCUGGCGACUGGGCUCUGGUCAAGGACCCGCACGAUGGGCUUCCCUCAUAUUAUAUUAACUUGCUCAGGCAAACAUCACGAGAUUUGUGGUCCUCUUUGCCUGAGGAAGUGGCUGGUAAUGCUUCUGUCAGAUUUUUCCAAAGAUAUCUGGAGCUGGUGAUAGCCGAAAGCUCCAUUGAUCACAAAGAAGCACCAUUCCCGAAUCCAAAACAGGUCAACACGACGACCAGCGCAAGGCAGCUUGAGAAUAUUCAUGCCCUAGUGGAAGCCUUGGAACGUUUCUUCGAUGUCGUCCACGAAGCAUCUCCCAUGCGUCUCUAUGGCAUGCCCUACACCUGUGCUGGGGCAAUACCGCUGUCCAUGUGGAUGCUUUUACAGCUGUGCAUCAGUCGUGGCGACUCAGUCUGGAAUCCCAGUGAGGUUCGCCGUCGCAUGGACCUUCUGCAUAUAAUCGAUGGCCUGCGCGAAAAACUUGUGUCCAUUCCCGACCUCGCGGGCCUGUCCAGCGUGGCAACACCUGACACUGCAAGUCCGGAUGAUCCGGAAAAUCACAAUAUUUUCAGCAGGUGUGGACCAAUCCUGGACAAUGUUCGCAUGUGUUGGGCGGCUGAACUCCAAAAACAUACUGUACCGCCACCAGGUCUACAACGCCCCCACGAAAGUACGCCGCCGACAGUCUUCAAUGGAAGCACGAUUCCUGUCACGCAGCAGGGGCCCAUUGCCACGCAGAUGAGCAUGCCCACGGGUUUUGAAAGCUAUAGCCAACCUCAAGAUCCGAUGCCCAUGGUGAUGCCGCAGUACGACUUCUCUUCUUGGCUGUCAUUUCCUCCUCUAGAACAAGGCUGGUACCCGAUGGACGUCUCUUAUAACUGA